UGGCAACCUCUAAACAUGAGGCCAAAACCCACUCUUUCACAUGUCCUUGUUCCAUUGGAGCUUCCCCCCUCUCUCUCUCUCUCUCUCUCUCUCUCUCUCUAGCUCUAUCUCUCUCUCAAGAUAUAGUUUUAUUGUUCUCACCCUUUUCUAACAACUGAGCCUCUCUAGCACUUAUAUCAUGGAUUCAACAACUCUCAUUGUUGCAUUUCUCUCACUCUGCACCACAAACUUUUUCUCAGCUGAAGCUCUUCCAAGGCCAAUCUCAAAUAUCACUGUUUUGGGCUCUGUUUACUGUGAUCCUUGCUCUAACAACACCUUCUCCAAGCACAGCUUCUUCCUGAAAGUUUACUAUCCCGUGGUUCAAAGUGCCAGGGUGCAAAUACAAUGCAGGUUCAGAGUGAACUCCACAUCAAGAGAAGAGAUCCUGAUUGAAGCUGAGAGAACCACUGACAAGUUUGGGAUCUACAAGCUCGACAUCCCGCCGGUCGACGGAUUCGAAUGCCGCGAGGGCCGCGAGAUCAGGUCGGCGUGCCGCGCCAAUCUCAUAAGCUCUUCCUCCUCUUCAUGCAAUGUCCCUGGCCUACAAGGCUCAACUCAGCACUUGGCCAUCAAGCCAAAACAAGCCAACAUAUGCUUCUUCAACCUCAAUGCAUUGAACUAUAGGCCACCAAGGAGAAACACUAUACUUUGUGGGACUCAUAAUACUAUCAACUCUUCAUUGUUGUUUUGGCCUUUCCUACCACCAUUUUGGCCUCUUCCUUUUUCUAUCCCCCAAUGGCUUACUCCUUUCCUGAAGCUAUCAAGUUUCCCCUCCCCACCUUCAAAAUCUUAACUAGUUGAUUAGCUCAAAUUUCUUGGCUUUUUGCAUUUUUGAGUAACUUCAGUGUGUGUAUGCACAAGCAUAUGAACCUAUGUUGGGACAAUUUAGUCACACUCUUAGAAUUGUGUUUAUUGGAUUAUUAUUCAGAACUA